AUGGAUGAUCAGCAAUUAAAUAACUUAAUUAAAUGGUUAGAUACAUUUGAACUUCAAGUUCCUCAUUCAACAGCAGAGGACAUAAGCGAUGGUGUUGCUUUAGCAGAUGUCUUGGCUCAAAUUGCACCUGAAUGGUUUACUGCUGCUUGGAGAGCAAAAAUUAAAACUGAUGUUAGUUCUAACUGGCGAUUGAAAGUUAGUAACCUUAAAAAAAUAGUUGAAGCUAUAAUGGAAUAUUAUAUAGAAUGUUUAAAUCAACAAUUACCAGGUUACAUUAAACCUGAUGCAAAUAAAAUUGGUGAACACUGCGAUAAUCAUGAACUACGCCGUUUAUUACAGUUAAUUCUUGGAUGUGCAGUUAAUUGCAAUCAGAAGCAACAGUAUAUAACAAGAAUCAUGGGAAUGGAAGAAACUGUCCAGCAAGCAAUUAUGCAGAGUAUACAGGAAUUAGAAAGUAAUAUGCCUGGACCAAGGCUAAGUUUAGGUACUAGUCUUAAUUUUGAAUAUUUGGAUGUAACUGACAGUACUCAACAAAGGUUACUAGCACAACUUCAAGUAACUAUUGAUAUGAAAGAACAAUUAGUGCAAAAAUGUCACGAACUUGAUGAACAACUUUCGCUUUUGCAAGAAGAAAAAGCAGCAUUGGUAAUAGAAAAUAAAAAGCUUCAAGAAAGAUUGGAUGAAUUUGAAAAUUCAGAAGAACAUGGUACUAUUUCAAAAUAUUCUAGUCUCAGAAAACAAGUGGAAUCAUUGAAAGAUGAAUUAUUUAAAGUAGAAACAUCCAGAGAUGAUUAUAGAUUAAAAGUAGAAUUAUUAGAAAAAGAAGUAUUAGAACUACAAUCUAAGCAAGAAGAUUUGCAAAAAGCUGCAGAUAAGGCUAAUCAUCUGAAAGACGAAGUAGAUGCAUUAAGAGAAACUGCAGAUAAAGUAGCAAAAUAUGAACAGACGAUAGACUCAUACAAAAAAAAAAUGGAAGACUUGAGUGAUUUGAGAAGGCAAGUUAAAAUAUUAGAAGUUGAAAAUUUAGAAUAUCUCCAGUCUAAAAUAGAUUAUGAAGAACAAUCAAAACGAACUACAAUGCUACGUGAUCAUUUAGAAGUUUGUAAACGGCAACUUGCUGAAGCACAUCAUAAGUUAGAUGAACAAACUAAUAAGUGUGAUAAACUUGAAUUUGAAGGGAAGAAAAUGGAGGCAAAACUAAGUACUUUACAAAGAGAAAGAGAUAGACUAAUUGUAGAGAGAGAUGCUUUGAAAGAAACAAAUGAGGAAUUGAAAUGUACACAAUUGCAAGCAACAGAAAAUAUAGCAAAACCUAGUACGGACAGGACAGUUUCAAGUACAGAAAUGAUUCCUCUUGAGAUUAAGGAAAAGUUAUUAUACUUACAGAAUGAAAAUAAAAUGUUGAAACUUAAACAGAACGGAAAUGAGGAUAAAUUACCAACAGUUCAAGCAUUAUUAGAAGAGUCAGAGGAAAAACUAAAUAUACUUAGAGGUAAAAAUCGCAAAGCUAAUCAAAGAAUAAUUGAAUUAGAAAAUAGAUUGGAAGAAGCAAUGGGAAAUCAAUCAAGUGGAGACAAUAAAACUGAUAAUAUCAAUUUAGGACAAAAGAUAACACAGCUACAAGAUGAAUUGAGGAGAGUACAAGCAGAAAAGGAAUGUUUAAACUUACAAGUUGAAGAACGAGAGAAUGCCUUGCAAGCUCAAAAACAAAAAGCUUUUGAUCUUCAAGAUAAAUUAACACGUCAAGAAUACUAUAAUGCAUCACUUGAGGAACGUUAUAAAAAAUAUGUUGAGAAAGCAAAAAGUGUUAUAAAAAGCUUUAAUCCUAAACAAAAUUCAUUUCCUAAUGAAGUAGCUGUUUUAAGGAACCAAAUAUUAGAACAACGUAAAAUUAUGGAAGAUAUGGAACGUUCUUUAAAAGAGUCUAAAUUAAUUAAAGAAAUGGAAGAAAAAUUAAUGAUAUCUGCAUUCUAUCGCUUAAGUUUAAAUUAUCAUAGAGAAGUAUUAGAUCAGCGUCUUGGAGCUAUAAGUUCAGCUCAAGGACAAUCCUUUUUAGCAAGACAAAGACAACCAUCUGCUAGACGUCAUCCACCCUAUAAUUCUAAAUAG